AAGUUUGAAAUUUGUAGGAAAAAAGUGAUGGAGUGCUAAAUUUCAUGAAGAACCGAAGUGAAUGGUCUAAUAAAUUUGACCAAGUCUUCUACUUCCCUUCAAAUCUUCAUAUAAAUACAUCAACCCUUAACAAUUUAUUCCAUCAACAUUAUUUACUCCAUCAAGGUACGUCUUUUCUUUGUCUCAAACCUUGUAUAACUUCUUGCAUGCACCGUGUUUGGGUGACUUUUUUCAUCCCAUAUAGAUUUAAAGAUGGCUGAGAAUGGCGAAGAAGGUCAAGAAAAUCGUCCAGUUCCCCGUUUGAAUGAAAGGAUUCUUUCUUCUUUGUCAAGGAGAUCAGUAGCUGCGCAUCCUUGGCAUGAUCUUGAAAUUGGACCGGAGGCUCCUCAGAUUUUCAACUGUGUUGUGGAGAUCACUAAAGGAAGCAAGGUCAAGUAUGAACUUGACAAAAAGACUGGAUUAAUUAAGGUUGAUCGGAUUCUGUAUUCAUCUGUUGUUUAUCCUCAUAACUACGGUUUUAUCCCUCGCACACUGUGUGAAGACAAUGACCCAAUGGAUGUCUUGGUCCUCAUGCAGGAACCUGUACUUCCUGGUUGUUUCCUGCGAGCCAGGGCCAUUGGAAUCAUGCCCAUGAUUGACCAGGGAGAGAAAGAUGAUAAAAUUAUUGCAGUGUGCGCUGAUGACCCAGAAUAUAAGCACUUUACCGACUAUAAAGAACUUGCACCUCACCGCAUCUCUGAGAUCCGACGCUUCUUUGAAGACUACAAAAAGAAUGAGCACAAGGAAGUAGCAGUUAAUGACUUUCUACCUGCAAGCGUUGCUGUUGAUGCCAUCCAGUACUCAAUGGAUCUCUAUGCAGAGUAUAUUCUGCACACCUUGAGGCGAUAGACAAUUAUGUUACUCUACGUUCUCCAUAAACAAUCGGAAUAAGCCAUAAUAUACUGUUAUUUUAAUAUAUCCUAAUCAAAACCUGUCUAUACCUUUUAGUUUUCGUAUUUG